AGAGCCGGGCGCAGGACUCCGGGCGUGGCGGCGACGAGCGUGUGGACUUCAGGGAGCCGGAGUCUGGAGCGCUCUCCGGGGGCGCAAGGGCUCGAGAUAGCAAGCCGGCGGCGGAGGCGGAGGAGUAGGCAGGUGCGCCGUCCAGGAUGAGGACGCCGGUGGUGAUGAUUCUGGGCAUGGUGCUCGCACCCUGCGGGCUGCUGCUCACCCUGACCGGCACGCUGACGCCCGGCUGGAGACUGGUGAAGGGCUUCCUUGACCAGCCGGUGGACUUGGUGCUGUACCAGGGCCUGUGGGACAUAUGCCGCGAGCAGAGCAGCAGCGAGCGCCAGUGCGGUCAGCCAGACGACUUGAGCUACUUCGCCGCCGAGCCCGUGCGGGUGGCGCGGGGACUCAUGAUCACGUCGCUGGCCGCCACGGCCCUGGGGCUACUGCUGGCGACGGUCGGCGUGCGCUGCUGGCAGGACGAGCCCCACUUCGCGCUGGCCGGCCUCUCCGGCGUCGUGCUUUUCGCCGCGGGCCUCUUGAGCCUCAUCCCAGUCUCCUGGUACAACCACUUCUUGGCGGAUCGCGCCGUCCUGCCCGCCCAGUCCAGCCCGGUCACCGUGCAGGUCGGCUACAGCCUGGUGCUGGGCUACCUGGGCAGCUGCCUGCUGCUGCUGGGCGGCUUCUCGCUGGCGCUCAGCUUCGCGCCUUGGUGCGCCGAGCGCUGUCGCAGCUGCCAGAAGGCGCCUCCAGGCAGGGCGCGCCGCAGCAGCAUCAGCACCGUGUACGUCGACUGGCCGGAGCCCGCGCUCACGCCGGCCAUCAAGUACUACAGCGAUGGCCAGCACCGGCCGCGGCCCGUCCAGCUCGGCGCCGCCAGCCAGCGCAAGGCCGGCUUCCCGAUGCCCCGGCCGCCGCCCAAGGCCUACAGCAACCCUGUGGAAGUGCUCGAUGGGGAGAAGGCUCCCGAAUCCCACCACGGCGGGUCCUCCCGCAGCACCCGGUCAUGCGGCAGCGCACUGCCCUGCGACUCCGACCUGUAGGCGGGGCCCCCAGCCUGCUCUGGCCGGGCCCUGUCUGGAUGAAGGACUCGCCCCACCACGGUCCAACCUUGAACUUGGCUGUUACCUUUCAGCUGGAAACACCUGGCUCGGAGUCGGACCCCCGGACACAUUCCUGUAACUGGUUUGGAGGGCGAUCUUCCUUUCCUAGCCAAACUCGACUCCUUGGACGAUUAGUUCAGGUUGGGUUUGGUUUUCUUUUUACAGAGUUUAGUGUUUCUCCCCCGAGGGAUCAGGGCCCUCUUCUGGACGACAGCCUUUUCAUACUUUUAGCUGGAGACAUAGGAAGGGUGACUUUGCAUCCUGCUGAUAAUAACAAUGUCAGAAUCAGCAAAUGGAGGCUCAAAACCGAUUUAACAUCUCCAAACAACAUUCUGAAAUGCUGAUGAACCUUGCAUCAAUAUAAUUAUUAUUAAUUU